AGCUGCUUCACACAGAGCUUCAAGCUUCAACAGACAGAAAGACUUUCUGAAAAACAUUCUUAUUCUCCUCUUGGGGUAAUUGUUACAGAGUUAAAGGCAAAAUGAUGAGCAGCAGAAUCUUCGUCGCCUCCAUUGUGCUCCUGGCCUUCCUGGCCAUCAGUGAAGGGAUGAGCCUGAGAAGUCUGGGAGUCGAGCAGCACUGCCGCUGCAUCAUGACAGAGAGCAAACCCAUCGGCCGCCACAUCGCGAAGGUGGAGAUCAUCCCUCGCAACUCCCACUGUGAAGAGACUGAGAUCAUUGCCACUCUGAAAGUGUCAGGCCAGGAGGUUUGCCUGGACCCUGAGGCUCCCUGGGUGAAGAGAGUGAUUGAGAAGAUUGUCUCAAACAACAAAAGACGCUGAACGGACGAGGAGGGACGUGCUUCAUGAGCCUGAGAGAGAAAGAAAGAAUGAAGUCCAAACAGUAUUUAUCUGAUGAUCAUUGUAUCAACUGAAAAUGACAAAAGAACUUCACAUGUCAUGUUUGCAUCAAACAUUGACAUGGAUUGAUUAUUAUUUAUGGAUUUGUGUUGUCCUUGUUUUUAUGCCACAUAUAUAUGAGUUACUGUUAACUUAUGUCUUCAAUAUAUUUAUUGUUAUAUUUAUGAAAUUCAAUUGUAUUCUGAUAUAAAUGAAAUAAAAUGUGCUAAAAAUUGAA